GAAACAAACGGAAAACAAAAAGAAGUAUCUAAAGUCUAAACCCUAACCCUCCAUUACGAUUUAUAACUCUUCUCUCUCUCGAUUCAUCCGUUCGACCAUUCCAGCUUCCGACCUUAAAAGUUGACGAAUUAUCGCACAUUUCGGAUUUCCAGCAUCAAAUUAAUUUGAGGAAUAGAUAAGAAGAGUAGGAGAAUAAGAUAGCUGGAAAAUUUAACUUUUUUCGCAAGAGCAGAAGUUCGAAUUUUCCAAAAAUUUGAAGGGUUCUUAAAUGGGUUCCUCUCGAAAGCGAUCGAAACGAGCUGUUGAGAGUGAUAGCGAGGUGGGUUCCGAAGAAGAGGAUGAAUUUGUGAAUGAGAUUAGUGGAGAGGAAUUUGAGGCCUCUGACGAUGAUUAUUCAGAUGAGUUGGGAAAUGAGGAGGGUGAGAGCGAAAGCGAGGACGGAAGUGAAAACGGAGAAGAAGAAGAAGAAGCUGAUGAAGAUGGCAGUAUACCAAAUGGUAGACAGAAGGAUGAUGAGAUGCAGGAACUUGAAAAAGAGUAUAGAGAUCUUCAAACUAUGGAACAGAGUUUGAUACAAAAUUUGAAGCGACACAAGGAUGAAGAUCUUGUAAAGGGGCAGGCUAUUAAGAGCCAGAAGGCUCUUUGGGAUAAGGCCCUUGAACUCAGGUUUUUGUUACAGAAACCAUUUUUUAAAUCGAAUAAGCUACCGCAGGAACCAAUUCGGUCAUCUUUCUGCGAGGCAGACGAAGACGUAUCUGCUGCAUAUUCAGAUCUUAUUGCUUCGUCUAACAAGGCAAUAGAAUCCCUCGUGCAUCUACAAGAGGCUCUACAUGACAAUAAUCCAUCAAUCGUCGAAGCCACAGAAGAAGGAGAAUCUCAAUAUCUUAAAUCUUCUGAGGAGAAGGAGAAAAUUGAUUUUUACAAGGAGAAAGAGUGGUUACAAAUCUUUCAAGCACAGUCAAGAGUAGUACCUUUCAGAAAUAAGUCGGUAGAUAAGUGGCAGAGAAAAGCUGAUGUCCAGAGUGGUGCUGCUGCGAAGAAAGUAAAAUUGUUGGCCUUUAACCAGAAUAUAAGUGACCAAGUCGCAACAUACAUGAGGGAUCCAACAAAAAUGAUUAGGAGUAUGCAAAUGAGAAGAGAAAGUAUUGGUGUAUUCGGCAAUAUUGCUGAGCAGGCUGGUAAUGUCAAUGAGGAGGGAAAUGUCGAGGGUGACCCUGAACUUCUGGAUGACUCUGAAUUUUACCAACAAUUGCUGAAGGAAUUCUUUGAGACAGUUGAUCCAACAUCUUCAGAGUCGGCAUUUUAUGCUUUGAAGAGGCUACAAACUAAGAAAAGGAAAGUGGUAGACCGCCGAGCCUCCAAGAGCAGAAAAAUCAGGUAUCAUGUCCAUGAAAAAAUUGUCAAUUUCAUGGCGCCUGAACCAAUGGACCUCCCACUAAUGGCUCCUAAGUUAUUUGAGAAUUUGUUCGGAUUGAAAACUCAGAAACCUACAGCAGCUGCAUAGGAUCGUCUCUGUUCAUUUCUGGAUGUUGUAUUAGUCUUUUUUGUCUAAUCAAUCAUAGUUGUGCUAUAGCUAUUCUUAGCAAUGGGAUUAUUUGCCUGUAAACGCUACUAGUCCCUUAAUUGAGUUACUGAAGUCUUAAGCUUCUAGGAUCUGCUCCAUUAUCUUGUAUCGCACUUCCUUUGAUCUCUUGUUUGUGCUAAUAUGCAAAAAAGUCACUUGCUUUCUCUUUGCUA